AAACCCUUACUAGAAACUCUCUCUCGGUCUCUCUCUCCCCUGUUGGAAGUCACUGGUGAGAAAGAGAGAGAGAGGGGGGGGAGGAGAGUGUGUGUGUGUGUGUGUGUCGACUGUGUGUGACUGCAGCGCACGUCGGCGAAUAUUAAACGCCCAACACCUUCUCUUUGUUCUCCUCAUUUCAAGUUCCUUCUUACGUUCUUGGAGUGAUUCUUAAUUCCUCUCGCAUCACCUGCUUUCUGAUGGGACCUCGCUUGUUUCCUACGGCACGCUGUUAGGGAGAAAGAACUAUCUACAAACGCCAUUGCUCAUUGGGAUUUGGGAUUCAUUUUUAUGGUUUCGUAAAUUUCUCCCGGUGUUGAGUGUGUUGUGUUGUGUGCUGUAUCCGCAUCGCACACUGGCGGACCUCAGAGGGACUCUAGCGUUCCUCCUGUCCGAUCGUUUCGAUUUUAAAUCGAGGAGAAGAAAGCAGAAACUAUUCUACAGAGGGACAAGAAUGCUGUGGAUAAUGAGAUUUUCUGGGUUUUUCUCCGCAGCAAUGGUGAUGGUUAUACUCUCACCUUCUCUUCACUCCUUCCCUCCGGCGGAGGCAAUUAGGUCUGAUUCUCAUCGGAGGCUCUCCAUAUCCGCACAUUCGUUCGACAACUUCUACUUCCGAAAAGCCCCGGUAUUCCGCAAUGCUAAUGAGUGUCGCUUAUCGGAAUUAGAAAAAUCCAGUGUCUGUGAUCCAUCUCUCGUUCAUGUAGCCAUUACGCUAGACGUCGAAUAUCUCCGUGGCUCAAUUGCCGCCGUCCAUUCGAUUCUGCAGCACUCUAAGUGCCCGGAAAGCGUGUUUUUCCAUUUCCUGGUCCCGGAUAUGGGUCUCGAAAGCCUAGUCCGAUCGACUUUCCCUGAGUUAAAGUUCAGAGUUUAUUAUUUCGAUCCGGAAAGAGAGCGGAACCUGAUCUCAAGCUCCGUCAGACUAGCGCUUGAACAGCCGUUAAACUAUGCUCGAAAUUAUUUAGCGGAUCUUCUAGAAACUUGUGUAACAAGAGUUAUCUACUUGGACUCGGAUCUGGUAGUGGUGGACGAUAUAUCAAAGCUCUGGAGUACCAGCUUAGGGGGGAAAACAAUCGGUGCACCGGAGUAUUGCCACGCCAAUUUCACAAAAUAUUUCACUGAACAUUUCUGGUCGGAUUCUAGAUUGUCCGGCGUGUUUGCGGGUCGGAAUCCUUGUUACUUUAAUACGGGCGUGAUGGUGAUGGAUCUGGCUAAGUGGAGGCGGUACGGGUACACGCGGCGGAUAGAGAGAUGGAUGGAAAUACAGAAGACAAGCAUAAGCCGGAUCUACGAGCUGGGUUCCCUGCCGCCGUUUCUACUGGUGUUCGCCGGACACGUGGCGCCCAUCGAGCACAGGUGGAAUCAGCAUGGUUUGGGAGGGGAUAAUGUGUGGGGGAGCUGCAGGGACCUCCAUCCUGGUCCAGUAAGCCUGCUGCACUGGAGCGGCAGCGGCAAGCCCUGGCUUCGGCUCGACUCAAAACGGCCUUGUCCACUCGACUCGUUGUGGGCGCCAUUCGAUUUGUUCGCGCACUCGGCGUGAAAAUUUUUGCUCUCCCCUGUAAUAGCUGUCUUCCGCCGGUAAAUUCCUCCAGUGACCUUUUUUUAAUUAUAUUUGCUCUUUAUUUUCUUCAUUUUUCCUUAUUUGAUUAUAAUUUUUCCCUGUGUUCAAUUAUUAAUUCCAUCUUCAAAACUUUUAUUUCAAUGGUGAUUACUCAUUACAUGGUAUCAAUUUGUACUAGAACUCUAUUGUUCUCUCCCUUUUGAUAAUAAGACUGAAUUAGAGGGAUACUAUUCGUUCA